AUGUUUAAAGAACCUGUUAGUCUGUAUUUCUCAAAUCCUACUUAUUUGAACAGUUCCUUCAGAUAUUCGGAAGCAUUGGAUUCCGCAGAAAUUUUUGGGAGUGAUCAUCCUAAAACUGAAAACAAUCAUGUGGCUAUGUGGUCACUAUUGACUGAAAUAGACAUAGGAAAUAGUGGAGACUACACGCCAUCUGUGCAGUCAAAUAAUUUAGUUUCUGAAGUACAAGUGAUUUCUCAAUCUCCUGACAAUGUUCUGCGGCAUCCUGUAACAUUGCUGCAUCAGAUUUGUUCAGAUCUUAAGUGGCCUUCUCCAACGUAUGUUGUAAUAAGUGAAGAUGUUACAGCAACAAGACAUGUUUUCACUUUGGAAUGUAAAGUUUUAAAACACAAAGCAAGUGGGGUGGGUUUGAGCAAAAGAAAAGCGAAACGAUCUGCAUCAAUGGCACUUCUUGAAAAACUCAAUGAGAAUGAAGAUCUUGGAAAAUAUGCAGAAAUAAUUUACUCCCACAUGUAUAUUUUUGAUAAAGAAUCUGAAACAGAGUGUCCUUCAGAAGAUGGAGGUGCAGGGAAUGCUACAAGUGAGCUGUACAAAAUGUGUUAUGCCCGUAGGUGGCCCCUUCCAGUUUAUGGAUUACUUUCCAUGGAAGGUCCAGUUCACAAUAGGCUCUAUAGAAUCGGGUGCACAAUGCCAGGUUUUCAGGAACUAGAUGAGGCAUCACAUUAUUUUGCAGCUGAAGGUAAAGGCCACACCAAGAAGGAGGCAAAACAUGCAGCUUCUGUUGCAUUACUUGAUAAAAUAUUAGGUGAUAUGUCUUCCAACCCCACAUCGUCAUGCACUACAAAUUCUUUUGAAGAUCGAGCCCGCCGGGUUCCUAGAACCAACUAUGUCGCCACCAAUCAUGGCGGCCAGCCCUUCGACCGAGAAUGCUCUAAGUUCCUUCCUCUAGACUGGCCGUCGGGAGCUAACCCACUCCCGAGCACCAGUCUUAGAGCAGUCCUGCGACUGAGCUCCAGAGAGAUUGAAGGGAGCGCGGCGGGGAAGACGCCCUGCCCCGUGGCAACCUUGGGAGGCCAAUGA